CUUUCUACUUGGGACUGCGUGUCUGACCAGGAAGCUUGAAGCAAGAUCCUGGUGGCUGCUGCUGUGUGCUAACAGGCGUGUUUGUGUGUGCCAACAAAUGGGUUUGCUUAGCAAAUGCGCCGGGUGUUGACGGCAAUCCAAAUGGAGUUGAGCAUGUCGUACGCUUUUGGGAUUCUGCCUGGGGGUUCUUCCGCUCGGUGGUGAACCUAGAACAGUCCAAACGCUCUCUGGCUUUCUAUGUGGAUUUCCCAAUGUGGACCGGACGCAGGAUAUGGAGGUGGCCUUGAACAGGCAGGGAAGGAGACAUGUUGGGCUUGGUGAUGUUACCCACAUGCCCCAGCUUUCUGGGGGGCUCACCAGCACUGGGCCAGAAGGAAACCUUCUCUAUGUGAUUUGGAGAAAGAUGCACCUGUUCCGCAGCUAUAGUUAUCAGAUCCAGCUGGAGGACCAGGAAGGUGUCACCCCGAGGAUUCAGGGUAUCCGAUGGACCCCUCUUCCGGACAGUGAAUCAGCACUGGUGUCUAGCCAUGACCAAAAGCAGGUAUCAUCAAACAGAAUUCAGAAGGCGGGGAGGCUUCUUGGCUCACACUUAGUAACCAUGUACCCGGACCUGAUCUGUGAUCACAAGCACCACCUCAGGCUUUACAGGCAGUGUUGUUCUGGGAGGGAACUGGUGGAUGCCCUGCUCAGCGCGGGACUCUCAGUUCAGACUCGUAGCCAAGCCCUUGGGCUCUGCCAGGUGCUGAUGGAUGAAGGAGUCCUUGCUCAUGUACGGCAAGAGAGCUAUUUCCAAGACCGCGAUUCCCAGUUUUUCCGCUUUGUCGCUCUGGAGCCAAGUGCCGGGGACCACAAUGGGGAGGAGCUACUGGAGGCACUGGCAUUGCUCUCUCAGUUGGGCCCUACUACCUUGCUGACCACCAUCUUGCGCAAACCCCCUGGCCACUGCACCGAUGAGGAGCUUGCACUGAUAUUUGAGGAGCUUCUGCACAUCAAUGCUGUCGCCCAUCUCUCCAAUUCAGUAAAAAGGGAACUGGCUGCUGUGCUACUAUUUGAGUCCCACACAAAGGCUGGAACUGUGUUGUUCAGCCAAGGGGACAAAGGCACUUCUUGGUAUAUCAUCUGGAAGGGAUCUGUCAAUGUUGUCACACAUGACAAGGGCUUAGUGUCCACCCUGCACGAGGGCGAUGACUUUGGGCAGCUGGCGCUGGUGAAUGAUGCCCCCCGUGCAGCCACCAUUAUCCUCCGAGAGGACAACUGCCAUUUCCUGCGUGUGAACAAACGGGAUUUCAAUCGUAUCCUCAAGGAUGUUGAAGCCAACACCCUACGACUGAAAGAGCAUCGAAAGGUGGUGCUUGUUCUGGAGAAGAAUUCACUAGGGGAUAGCUCCAGUCACCUUCCUGGGACUCCAGGGAGCAGUAGAUACACAGUUAUGGCUGGGACCCCUGAAAAGAUUCUUGAUUAUCUGCUGGAAACUAUGAGUCCAGACUCGACACUCUCUGACCCUAUAGAUACCCUCCUUGGAGACUUUCUGUUGACACACAACGUGUUCAUGCCUACACCACAGCUGUGCAGAAUUUUGCUUGAACACUUCCAUUCUGAGCCUUCUGAUGGCACCGAACAUGAUAAGGCUGCCUAUGCCCUGAACAAAAGGCGGAAGAUCCUUUGGCUGGUGAACCAGUGGCUGAUGCUUUAUGGACGCUUGCUACAGGCAGAAUCCAGCGCCUUGGCUUUCUUGCAGAGUCUGUCAGAACGUGCAGCCCAGGACACUCGUUUGGGUCCCAUUCUGAAAGAUCAGCUUCAGGAUCAUCGAAGGAACCGAAUGUUGGAAAAUGGCAGCAGCAAUACCAUGUCUGCAAAACUUCAGGUACGAAAUGCUGUGGACUGGUUUGCCAGCCAGGAGGAACCAUUUCUGAACAGCAGCUACACCAUCCGGGCCCAGGACAAAAUUGCAUACGACAUAUACAGGCCAGACUACUCCUGCCUCCCAACAGUGCUGCCGGUGAACGCUCCUGUGCAGGAGGUCCUUGCCUCACUGGGAGACAAUCACAGCUGGAGCAAAGAAUGGAUCCUAGUCAAGGUCAAUUCAGCAGGCGAUAAAGAGGUAUUGCCCAUGGAGUCCAUUGGCGUGUUUACAUCCCUGAGGUUGAACGAGAGACUCUUUGCUGUCAGCCGCCAUGAGCUUCAAACCUUGGCCCCACACCUUGAGCAGCUGGGCCCCACAGUGGGCUCCUGGGACAGCCUGGAUUUCAUCAGUUCCAAGGAUCUCUCUAACCAGCUCACAGAGCAUGACUGGAACCUCUUCAAGAGCAUCCAUCAGGUGGAGCUGAUUUACAGCAUUUUUGGGCAGCAGAAGUUCCCCAGUGUGACCACCGCCAACCUGGAGCGCUUCCUGCGUCGUUUCAACGAACUGCAGUUUUGGGUCACCACAGAGCUCUGCCUUUGCCCUGACAUUGUCAAGAGGGCCCAGCUGCUCCGCAAAUUCAUCAAGUUGGCUGCACACCUGAAGGACCAGAAGAACCUGAACUCCUUCUUUGCAGUGAUGUUUGGCUUGGGCCACUCCAGCAUCAGCCGCCUCUCUAGGACCUGGGAGAAGCUUCCACACAAGACUAGAAAGCUGUACAGCUCUCUGGAACGCAUGCUGGACCCAUCUUGGAAUCACCGAGUCUAUAGGCUGGCUAUGGCCAAAUUAACCCCACCCAUCAUCCCCUUUAUGCCUCUCCUUCUUAAAGACAUGACCUUCAUCCAUGAGGGGAAUCGAACAUUAGUGGACAAUCUUGUCAACUUUGAGAAGCUGCGCAUGAUGGCCAAGGCUGUUCGUCUCGUACAUCGCUGCCGGAGCCACCCCAACCUUCCACUGUCCCCCUUGCGGAGUCGUCCUCAGCACCUUCUGGAAGAAGCUCGAGCAAUGCGUGCCUCUACAUGUUCAGAGCAGUCCCUCAGUACCCGGAGCCUUGCUACUACCUGGGCUUACAUCCAGCACUUGAAGGUGAUUGACAACCAGAAGAAACUUUUACAGCUCUCACGAGAUCUCGAGUCUUGAUGUUGCAGAAGCCCCUCACUAGGACAUGCCAUGUACAUAGUGGGGCAAGAACUUCUAUGAAAGCCACCUUCUCAUGGGGGUUAGCCCUGCUUUCAAGACUAGCCAAUGAGCGAUGCUGAUGGGAAGAGAGUUUCCCUGAUUCCCUCUGCGGCACUCAAGAACUCAGUCCUGAAGCCAGGACAGUUGGUAUAGGCUGCGUCCAAGACUGGAGAAAGGAUAUGCGGCAUGCUAUUAUUCUUUUUGUAAGCUACAGACUUCCUGCCUUAUAAAGGACUACUUCAUGGAACAUAUUUGGCUGCCUUAGAGUGAGGCAAGCAAAAGUUCCCAUUAUCACUAACCAGUGUUCAAGAGAAAUGUAGAUUUCUAAAAAGUCUGUUACCAAACCGGCUUUCUUACAUUGCUUAGAACGCUGCUCGACGACAUCUCUGUCACUCAUCUCUCCUCUUGCCAGAGCUGGAUUUUUGCCUAAACUAAAUAAGCUGUGGUUUAGGGCCUUGGAUUUUGGGUGGGGUUGUCAGCUCUGGGUUGGGAAAUCCCAGGAGAUUUUGGCGGUGCAGUCUGUGAAGGGGAGGGACUUCAGUGGGGUAAAAUGCCAUGGUAUCCAUCUUCCAAAGCAGCCAUUGGCUCCACGUCACCUUGGAUAUCAGUUUGUAAUCUCAGGAGAGGACGAAAACACUGGGAGCUGAUUUGGUUGUGGGGGGUAAAAGUGGUACAAACUGCUUACCUCUUACCUAAUGUUCCUAGACUUCAAGAGAGAGAUCUAAGUAAAAUAAUGAUUCCAUGUUCCAAUACCAAUAAGAACUUUUAAAGCUGCUAUCAUGAUGAGCAUUUACACAUAGUUCAGAGCUCUCUUUUUUUUACCUCAAGGCUGUAUUAAUGGUUAUAAGAUACCUUCUCUCCUUCCCCGUGUUGUGCUGUGCUUUAAUUCCUACAAUAUAACAUUUUCAUGGAGGAGAGGUCUAUCAGCAGCUACUAACCAUUGUGACCAAAGGGGACUUCUGUGUUCAGAGACAGUAAAUCUUUGAAUAGUAAUGCCAAGAGACAGCCUAAGGGGAAAGCCUCAGCCUUUAUGCGCUGUUGCUGAACCUCCAGAGGAACUGGUUGACCUCUGCAUGAGGCAGAAUGCUGGCCCAGGUGGACCACUGGGCUAUUCUUGUCAUCAUAGGUUAUUUUGCAAGAGUUAAACAUUUUGAGAGCCUAAAUAAUUGACUGCAUCUAUGAAAGAACAGGCUGGGACCACGUUAGUCCAGGCUAGCCUGAUCUCGUCAAGUCUCAGAAUCUAAGCUGGGCUGGUCCUGACUAGCACUUGGAUGGAAGACCACCAAGGAAUACCAGGUCGCUGUACAGAGAAAGGCAAUGGCAAGCAACCUCUGUGAGUCCCUUGCCCUGAAAACCCUACUGGGUUGCCAUGAGUCAGCUCUGACUUGAUGCCCCUUUACAUAUGAAAGAACAGCAGCAGCAGUAGCCAGUCAGCCAAAUCCUUGACAUGGCCUGUGGUUUGUGGAUAUUUCAGAGAUUCCUCCUGAGUAGAAACCAUAAAACAAGUGGCAGGAGGCUUGAUCCAUAGCAGUGGUAUCAACAACGCUUUUGUCCUGGGCCCUGUUCAUGUAGCUGCUGUUCAGAAAUGGUCCCUCCUGGCUGGCAAACCACUCAAUAGCACUUUGCACCUAGGAACAAGAGAUAAGAAAAAAAUGUGAAAUGCUAUAAUGCCACACCCUCAUCAUUUAACAAAAUGGGAGUCGGUGGGUUUCUCCUCUUAUACAAGCCAUCCUCAUAUUUGCAGUCUUCUGGAAAAUGGAAAGAUAUUGUUUUCCAAGCAA